UUUGCAUUGAAAGACUAUCUUGGUGGUAUAAAGCACAAAGCAGAGUAAGAAGCGAAAGUGAUUCAAUAUCUAAACGCAAAGCAGUAUGGCUACUGCGUCAGAUCCUGCUCCUGUGAAGUAAUGGGAGAUGCUGUUAGAGUGCUCCAUUUGCAAUGAAACACUAACACAACCACGGACGUUGUCAUGCUUCCAUUCGUAUUGUAAACACUGUUUAGAGAACUUUGUUGCGACUCACCGUAAGAAAGCUGUUAAAGCAAAAGCCAAAGUACCAGAGGUCUUUGAAUGUCCAUUAUGCCGAACGGAGUUUCGCGUCAAAGCAGAAGAAAACGUCGAGAAAAUUCCGUCAAACCACUUCAUCAACAACAUGCUGGAAUUACUCACUCUACAGCAACAAGCCCAACGUAUAAAAUGCCAGUCAUGUAAAGCCAAAGGUUCUGCCACCAGCAGAUGUGUAUCAUGUGAGAAUUACCUGUGUGGAAAAUGUUUAGAAGCCCACAAUAACUGGCCUGCCUUUGAAGACCAUGUCGUGUUGACGUUGGAAGAAUUGGCAAAACCUGAAAACCGAGCGAAAUCAAGAGGCAAACCUCGUUGUGAAAAACACGAUAAAGUUUUCAAGUUUUAUUGCGAAACAUGCAAAGUCCUUGUUUGUCGACACUGCACUGAUGUGAAUCACAUACGCCCUGAACAUACGUGGUUCCCUUUGGCAGACGUUGUUGGACAGUACAAGGAAGCAUUGAAGACAUCGUCCGCCAUCUUCGAGCAGCAAAGGAACGAAGCUGUUCAAAGCAAUCUGAAGUUAGAACACGCCAUGGUAACCCUGAAGAAUAACAAAGCGAAAGCCAAAGACGCCAUCAUGCAGCAACAACAGGAAAUUUUGAAAGCAUUUACCACGGAACUCGAGGAGGAAACGGCAGUCUUACUUAACCAGGUUGACAUGAAAUACAAGGAAGCAAACGAGCCCCUGGUGAAACAACAAGCCGUCGUGAAAGCUUACUUGGCAAAAACGAACAGCUCGCUGGAUUUUGCGAGGAAUAUAAUUUCCAAUGGAAGCGACGAGGAAAUCCUUUCGCUCAAACCUGAGGUUGAAGAAAAAGCUGGGAGAAUCAAGAAAGAACGACCGAAAUUAAUGCAGCCAGUUCACAACGGCGCUAUCCUCGAGAAUGUAAAUUUGAAUGAUUUUAGAAAAUUUGGUAUGUAUUAAUGUAUAGAUAUUGACCCACUGUAUUUCACCGCCGCUUAAAAUUACGAGAGCAACCGCUUUUAUUUAGAAUCACUGUAUAUUAAACCCUAAUUCCUAAAUCGAUGUUACGUAAUUUCAGUAAACUUAAGGUAUUAUAGCGCCGUUGUGACUUGGCUAUUCUCGUUUCGUUAUAUAGUUCAGAAAACUCAGUGUAUCUUAUCAGUUCAUGUACAGUAUUACAGCACCUUUAUGAUAAUUGUUUAUGCCAAAAUCUCUGCGGAGGAGAGUGACGCUCAACGGAGCGUCUUGUUCAAUGAAAGCACGAAUGGCAUCUUUGAAAUGGCACGCAGAAUUGCUCUCAACCUUAGUCCUAAGCACGACAGCAUAGGGAGUGGGAUAGUUGGCCACCAAAACAUUUCAUUCUGUCCCUGUAUGCUAUUGGGUAAACUUUCUUGAGUUACUGACAAAAUAUAAAUAUGCCAAUUAUGUGAAUUAAAUUAUCAACAUAAACAUGGUGGUAAGAAAAUUGACAUAUACAUACACACAAAGCUAGGAGGGGUACACAUCUUCGUGCACCAAAACCCUAAGUAAAUCUUUAUUGACAUUUUCAGCAUACAAAUUGCUGGGUAUAUUGUAAUGAAAUUAGAUAUUUGCAAAUUAGUUUUUUGCUGCUGAAAUUCAGCUGAUGAUAUCCAGCAACCUUGACUGUGAAACAUUUUAUCAAGAUGACGACUUUUUUACUACAAAGUUAUAUCAUAGUGGUACUUAAGAGGUACUGACAUGUUAUGAUUACUGUUUUUAAGGUCGAGAACGAAAGAAAGUUGCUGUGAUAGAUGAUGAUGACAUGGCAGAACUCCAAGCUUGGGCUUCCUAAGUGAUGAAAUGUAUAUAUGCUGCACUUUCAGGCAAAUGCAGAUGCAAAAAUUUCCUGAAUGGAAACUAAUGAAUACCUUUUUUAUUGCAAUAUGCAUAUUUUGUCUGUGUACUAUAAAUUAAACUAUUAUUGGUUUGAACCAGCCUCGUACCCAGGCGCAAAUAACGUACUAAAAAUAGCAACACUACAGUGUUUUUAUAUAGAUCAGUGGCUAAGCUGAACGAGCGCGCGCGGGUGCUUGGACAUAAAGAUCAGCUUAGCCACUGAUCAUAUAAAAACACUGUAGUGUUGCUAUUUUUAGUACGUUAUUUGCGCCUGGGUACGAGGCUGUGUCUGGACCAGCACGUUUGAUUUUAAAAUAGCAAAUAUCGUUUAGUUUCAAUAUUUGAAGCAAUUUUUUUUUGAAUUUUUAUGAAUGAAUAUCAAUCUUCACAGAUUCAAACUACAGAGACUUAAAAAUAUGUCUAUAAGCGCUUUAUACUAUUUCAAAAUCAAACGUGCUAAUCGCGACAUUGAAAUUCCUUUAUGUCUGAGAGCGACUUUGGAAACGUUUGUGGGCGGUGCCGUGAUCUAUGUUUAGGUAAAGGAUGGACCAUUAGAUUUUUGAGGGGAGGGGGGUGGCAAAUACUAUAUACCCAGGGUAUACCCAGAUCUACAAGCCAACACCAAAAAGGCCCAAGAAAAAGCAAUCUUGGAAGUGUUUGCCAAGAAACUAAGAAACAACGUGCAUGCAUGGUAGUCUUUCUUGGCCAAAUUGACAAAACGUACAAGGUCAAUCAAAAGCGUUUGAAACAGCAUGGCGACAUGAAUUACGUAAGAAGAGUUGAAUGCAUGGAUUUGGCAAAAAAUAUCACGGGGCAAGAAGCAACGAAGAAAUUCUUUCGCUUGGAAGUAAAGACAAAAUUAACGCCAACAAUAUCGAGAAACAACGUCCAAAGAUGAUGCAGCCAGUUCAUGAUAUUAUUGAAUACAAGACGAAUAAAGAAAAAUGAAGAAAAAUUCAAACCAAAGAUGUUGUUGAUCCACAUAUACAUAAUUUUGUAUCCACAUAUACAAAAUUCUCCUGAUUUGCCUAUAAAACUGUUUCCUCGAUUUUCUCCAAUAGUAUCUGCUAACAGAACUAUUGAAAUCACUACGUUUCACAGUGGUGAAAUUGUCUGGAGUUUGUAUAUCUGAUACACACAGCCUCUUGAGUUCACAAAAUAUAAAUUGUAUUCGCAUUUCCGAAAAUCAUGAUUGAGCAUGGGCAUGGCCAUGCAAGAACUUGUAGCUAUAUCGUAUUUGAUGCAAGAAUCUGUUUUGUGUGACAUAUUGUUUUAGUUAAUUUUUCUCAAAUAUAUAUUUAACAGGCCCAAACUCGAAUGAUUGGAAUUGCUCUUUUGCAGCUGUG